AUGACUUCCGACACUCCCAUUUCCACUGUCUAUGCUCAAAACCUCGAAGAGCGCGUCAAGCUUGAAUCGAUGGUAGAAGCCUUGAGAACGAUAUUCUCCGAGUUUGGUAAUGUUGUCGAUAUCGUCGCGAAGAAGAAUCUUCGAGCCAAAGGUCAGGCAUUUAUCGUCUUUGAUAAUCCUGAUAGCGCACGAGAUGCUAUUGAAGAAAUGGACGGUUUUGAACUCUACGACAAGCCCAUGAAACUUGCUUUCGCACGAUCACGAAGUGAUAAGACUGUGGAGCUCAUGGGCAGUCAGGAAGAGCUUGAAAGUCAUAAGCGCCACCGACAAGCUGAGAAGGGUUCGUCGUCUCCUACAUUCCAAUGGUACUAUAUCGCUGAUUCAUGUUUCGUAGACAAACGCAAGGCUGCCGAAGCCGCGGAGGAACAGAGGCAAAUCAACAAACGAUCGUCUGGCGCUGCGACAGAUAGCCGGCCCGCGAAGGCUGCGAAAUCCUCUGGUCUCAAAUCUACCAGUGCCGCGGCAUCGAACAGCGUUCUCGACGAAUUCCUCCCCCCCAACAAAAUCCUAUUCGUUCAGAACUUCCCCGAAGAGUACGACAUCGAGGCUUUGACCAGCGUAUUCGGGCGUUUCGAUGGCUUCCGAGAGGUCAGACUGGUUCCUGGUCGUCGUGGCAUCGCAUUUGUAGAGUACGAAGCGGAACAGGGAGCCAUAACUGCGAGGGAGAAUACCUCUGGACUGCAAUUGGGUGACAAACCUAUCAAGGUCACAUAUCAGCGGCAGUAG